AUGUCGCAAAACGGGCAGGAACGCAAGAAGGUCUGCUUCGUCACCAUCGGAGCUACCGCCACCUUCGACGAGCUCGUCAGAGCAUGCACGCAGCCUGACUUCCUGCGCGCUCUCAGCCAAGAAGGCUAUACAGACCUGCUUGUCCAGUACGGCAAGAACAGGAAAUUGUGGAAAGAGGUCAUCGCCGACAAGGAAUCUCUCGACCAACACGGCGUCGACAUUUCCGGCUUCAGCUUCCGCGAGAAUGGGCUUGCUGCCCAGAUGCAGCUUGCCAAAGGCCACCCGACCGAUGGUUCUAAAGAGGGCGUCAUUGUCAGCCAUGCCGGCUCUGGCAGUAUCCUCGAUGCCCUUCGCCUGAACGUGCCGCUCAUAGUAGUCCCCAACCCGUCUCUGCUAGACAAUCACCAGCAAGAGCUCGCCGAGGUUCUCGAGCAGCAGGGCUAUGUCAUUCAUGGGAAACUUGACAACCUCGCGCUCUGCAUUCCCCAAGCCGAAGAGCUUCGCAAGCGUCAAAGGUCGUGGCCGCCCAUCAAUAGCGGUCCCCAUCGCCGAGCUCCCGGGUUGCAAGGUGUCAUGGACGAAGAAAUGGGCUUUCUGGACUAG